AUGUCUAUCUUUGGUAAAGCAGAACCCCCAAGGGAGACCCACCCUGCAAUGGACAAGCAUGAUUCCGACACAGAUGCUCAGUCUCAACAGAAUGGUAACUCCAAGCCAUCCAGCGAAAAGGAGAGCACAUUGGUUGAUGAGCCCAUCCGAGAUACUACGGCGCCCGAUGAUACAAACAAAGAGGCCACGACCGACUCGUCAAGGGAAGGUGAUUUGAACGAAAACUCCGAGAAAGAAUUAAUGCCACAAAACGACUCGGAAAAAGAGGCUUCCAAUCCAGACGGAAAGAAUGAGGAUAGCAAGCCGAGCGAGGAGCCCAAAGAUGAUACGGAAUAUCCAAGUGCCUGGAGACUCUUUCUCAUUACAAUCGCGUUGUGUUUCUGUGUAUUUUGUGUCGCACUGGAUAACACAAUCAUCGCAACAGCAAUCCCCAAGAUCACGGAUCAGUUUAAUUCGCUCGAUGACGUGGGUUGGUAUGGAAGUGCAUAUCUGUUGACCACCUGCUCCGUCACUCUGAUGUUCGGCAAACUUUACACAUUCUAUCCCAUCAAGUGGAUCUACUUGAUUGCUCUCUCCAUUUUCGAAAUUGGUUCUUUGGUCUGUGGUGUUACCCCCAGCUCAGUCGGCUUAAUCUGCGGUCGGGCGAUUGCAGGCCUGGGGGCAGCUGGACUGUUUUCCGGGUCAAUCUUGAUAAUCAGUCAGAGUGUGCCUCUGGAUAAACGCCCCGUGUAUACGGGAUUGGUGGGCGCAAUGUUUGGAAUUGCGAAUGUGGCCGGUCCACUAAUGGGAGGUGCCUUUACAGACAAGCUUACCUGGCGGUGGUGCUUUUAUAUUAAUCUGCCAAUUGGGGCUGUCACAUUUAUCUUCAUUGUCUUCUUCUUCAAGUCCACCAAGGCGAUCAAGAAGAAGGCUGGGUGGAAGCAGCAGCUGGCUGAGAUGGAUCUCCUUGGGUCCUUGUGUUUCUUGCCGGCAAUUAUCUGUUUAUUACUCGCUUUGCAAUGGGGUGGUACUAAGUAUAGUUGGAGCGAUGGCCGCAUCAUUGCCCUUUUUGUUAUCUUCGGCGUGUUGGCUCUGGCGUUCAUGUGGAUUCAACACCGUGGUCAAGAUCGCGCCACUGUGCCUCCACGUCUAAUCAAAAACCGCAACGUCUGGGGUGCUGCUUGGUAUGCCAUGGCACUUGGAGCAUGCUACUUUGUCCUCGUCUAUUAUCUUCCUAUCUGGUUCCAAGCCAUCAAAGGGGCCUCGGCCAUCAAAUCCGGAAUCAUGAACUUGCCAAUGAUUAUUGCCGUUGUGGUUGUGUCGAUUCUGGCAGGUGGUCUCAUCACGGCAUGUGGCUACUAUACUCCCUUCAUGAUUUUCUCAUCCAUUAUUAUCACUAUUGCAGCUGGUCUCCUGUCCACUCUGGAUGUCAAUUCGGGCCACCCUAAGUGGAUUGGAUACCAAGCCUUGUUCGGUAUCGGUCUCGGACUAGGCAUGCAGCAGCCGAUGAUUGUCGCACAGACUGCCCUCAAAGCGGAAGACGUGCCCAGUGGAACGGCCAUCAUGAUGUUCACGCAAACUCUGGGUGGAUCAAUUUUCCUCUCUGUGGCCCAGAACAUCUUCCAAAACCAGCUGUUCCAUAACCUUGCUGUAAAUGCCCCGGGUACAGAUGCUACGAAGCUGGUCUCUGCUGGCGCAACUCUGCUGCGCUCUGUGGUGUCUGGACCUGUUCUGGAGAGUGUCUUAGUCGCCUAUAAUCAAGCGAUCACGCAAACAUUCUAUGUCUCCGUGGCAAUGGGAGCAUUAUCGCUCAUUGGUCCCAUCUUCAUUGAGUGGUUGUCAGUGAAAGGCAAGAAGAUCGAGAUGGCUGCCGUGUAA